GCGAGCGAGAGAGAGAGAGAGGGAGAGGAGGGGGAGCAAUCGCCUGGAAAUCGCUUCACUCACAUGCAUCUCUCAGCCGCGCAAGGUGAACCGCCGAGCGAGCGAAGCAGAGACAGCUCUCCCAAUUGUUGCGAGAGAGGGGAAGAGGAGAAUUCCUAAAUCUGGCGCCCAAUGGACUGAACAUUGCGAAUCUGUUUCUGCCCCGCACGCAGUGGAAAAUCUCGGCAGUGAAGACGCCGUGGGGAUGCUGGCAUAUUAGUUUAGUGGCAGUGGCGAAGUGUUCUAGCGACGGAAUGCAGUGACACCGGUUCACAGUGGCAGUACCUUUUGGGGUUCCUUUCAACUGAAGAAGACGGACAGCAAUUUGACGUAUCUCUUCCUCCCCUAGAUUUCGAAUUGUUGCGAGUCCAUCCCUGAGAGAAACGGUCUCGCUGCCUGUCGGACCGUUAACGGGAUUCUCGGAAUUGGAAGGAAUAGCAGUCACUAACAGUUCGAGUGGAUUUUCCCCCACCAGGGAUUUUGCAUUUUGGUGAAUUCUGGAUUCUUUAUCGUGGGGGGGCUGACUGCUGAAGUGGCUGCGUUUGGGAGCGGAGAGGGGACGCGGCUCCCAGCCCAACAGACGCGCACGGAGCCGGUUUACAGAGGAGUUAUCCCCCGCAAAGGCUGAGGUGUGGUGGUGCUGCGGGAUGGAGCUGCUGUUGGCCGCAGCGCUGGUGUGGGCGUUCCUGAUUGGCUGCUGCGCGCAGCCCGUGGGGGGCAUCCUGUAUAAGGUCGCCGAGGAGCAGCCCCCCAACACGCUGGUGGGCAGCCUGGCCGCCGACGAGGGCCUCCCUGACUCCGGCCACCUCUACAAGCUGGAGGUGGGCGCCCCCUACCUGCGGGUGGACGGCAAGACCGGCGACAUCUACACCACUGACGUCCCCAUCGACCGCGAGACCCUGAAGGAGUGCCGCAACCUGUUCAAGGGGGACCCCUGCCUCCUGGAGUUCGAGGUGUCCAUCACCGACCUGAACCAGAACCAGGGCCCGCGGCUGAUCGAGGGCAGGAUCGAGAUCCUGGACGUGAACGACAACACGCCCCAAUUCUCCUCCCCCAUCCUCACCCUCCCCAUCCCCGAGAACACCCACGUGGGGGCACUCUUCAACAUCCCCGUCGCCAGCGACAAGGACUCUGAGGAGAACGGCGUGGCGGACUACGCCCUGACCACCGGCCCGGAUGCAGCUUCCCUCUUCAGCCUGCAGGUGGCGGACGACCAGGGCGAGAAGCUGCCCCAGCUCAUCGUCAUGGGCAACCUGGACCGCGAGCAGAAGGACUCGUACGACCUGACCAUCAAAGUGGUGGACGGCGGGAACCCGUCGCGGUACAGCAGCGCCCUGCUCAGAAUCACCAUCAUCGACACCAACGACAACGCCCCCAAAUUCGAGAGGCUCAACUACGAGGCUGAGCUCUCAGAGAACAGCCCCGUUGGUCACUCCGUUCUGCAGGUCAAAGCCAACGACUCUGACAUGGGUCCGAACGGGGAGAUAGAGUACAGUCUGGUGCAGGGGUCUGACACCGUGCAGAGGCUUCUGCGCAUCGACCGCUCCUCUGGCAUCAUCUACGUGAAGGGGCUGGUGGACCGCGAGGAGGUCAGCAUCCUCAAGUUCUACGUGUUGGCUCGGGACAAAGGGCCGGCUUCCAAAAGCGCCAGGGUCGCCGUGGUGAUCAACGUGAAGGACCAGAACGACAACGCCCCCACCAUUGAGAUCCGCGGCAUCGGGCUGGUGACCCACCAGGGCGGGGUCGCCAACAUCUCAGAAGACAUGCCCAUCGGCACCCCCGUGGCACUGGUGCAGGUUUCGGACCGGGAUGAGGGCGAGAACGCCGUGGUCACCUGCGUGGUGGCAGGGGACGUCCCGUUCCAGCUGCGGCCGGCCAGCGAGGCGCCCAACGAGCGCAAGAGGAAGUACUUCCUGCAGACCACCACACUGCUAGAUUACGAGAGGGUCAAGGACUAUCGCAUCGAGAUCGUGGCUGUGGACUCAGGGAAUCCGGCUCUCUCCAGCACCAACUCGCUGAAGGUCCAGGUGACGGACGUGAAUGACAACUCCCCCGUCUUCUCCCCCAGCUCAUUCGAGGUGGAUUUCGCGGAGGAGAACCAGCCAGGGGAUAAGGUGCUGGACGUAGUGGCCACGGAUGCCGACAGCGGCACCAACGCUGAGCUCACCUACAGCAUCAUCGUGGACUCGGCCACCAAGGGCCUGUUUGAGAUCAACCCCAACACCGGGGAGGUGAGGGUGCGGAACCAGCUGGACCGCGAGCACCAGGAGCACUACGAGUUCUACGUGGCGGCUGCCGACAAGGGCGUGCCCAGCCUGCGAGGAACCGCCACGGUCACGGUCAGGGUGCUCGACCGCAACGACAAUGACCCCAAGUUCAUGCUGAAUGGCUACAGCUUCUCCGUCCUGGAGAACAUGCCACGGCACAGCCCGGUCGGUAUGGUGACGGUCAUCGACGCGGACAAAGGGGAGAACGCGCGGGUCCACGUCUCUGUGGAGCCGGACAAUGGCAAGUUCACCAUCCAGAACGACACCUACACCAUCCUGUCCAGCAUCUCAUUUGACCGGGAGAAAGAGAGCACCUACACCUUCCGGCUGAAGGCGGUGGAUGGUGGGGAUCCCCCCAGGUCCUCCUAUGUGGGCGUGACCAUCAACGUUCUGGACGAGAACGACAACGCCCCUUAUGUCACCAAGCCCUCCAACUCCUCCUACAAGCACCUGGACCCCCGCACCAACCCCGAGACCCGGGUGGAGCGGGUGGAGGCAGAGGACAUCGACAGCGGGCCCAACGCCGAGCUGGUGUUCAGCAUCACCGGCGGAAACCCGGACGGCCUGUUCCACAUCUCCCCCAGUGACGGGGAGAUCACCCUGGCCAAGGAGCUGGUCCGCAAGCACAACGGGCUACACAGGCUGGUAGUGAGGGUGAGUGACAGGGGCAAGCCCCCACGGCACACCACUGCGCUGGUGCACAUCUUCGUCAACGAGACGGUCAGCAACGUGACGGUGGUGGAGUCACUGGUGGGGCACAGCCUCUACACCCCGCUGGACAUGGACAUCGCCGGAGACCCCAACUACAGCCACGCCACCCACCGCAGCAAUAUCUUGUACGGCAGCCUGGCGGGCGUGGCCGGGGUCAUCCUGGUCAUCGUCAUCGUGGUGGUCAUCCGUUACCACCUGCAGAAGGAGGCCAAGAGUGGCUACCAGGCGGGCAAGAAGGAGACCAAGGACCUGUACGCACCCAAGCCGGGGCCGAAGAGCGGCAAGGCCAAGAAGGGCAAGAAGGGCAAAGCCCCUAAGCCGGCCAAGCCCCUGGAGGAGGACGAGGAGGCCAGCCUGCAGAAGAGCCUCAAGUUCAACCUCAUCAACGACGGGGUCAACGACAGCCCCAGGAUCCACCUGCCGCUGAACUACCCUCCGGGCAGCCCCGACCUGGGCCGCCACUACCGCUCCAACUCCCCCCUGCCCUCCAUCCAGCUGCAGCCCCAGUCCCCAUCCGCCUCCAAGAAGCACCAGGCCGUGCAGGACCUCCCCGCCACCAACACCUUCGUGGGAACAGGGGACAACAACUCGACCGGCUCCGACCAGUAUUCGGAUUACAGCUACAAGGCCAACCCCCCAAAAUACAGCAACAAACAGCUGCCUCAUCGCCGAGUGACGUUCUCCACAGCCAAUCAGGCGCAGGACCUGCAGGACCCCUCCCAGCACAGUUACUAUGACAGCGGGCUGGAGGAGUCAGAGACGCCCAGCAGCAAGUCGUCCUCGGGGCCGCGCCUCGGCCCGCUGGCCCUGCCGGAGGACCACUACGAGAGGACCACCCCUGACGGCAGCAUCGGCGAGAUGGAGCACCCCGAAAACGAUCUUAGACCCCUCCCCGACGUGGCUAUGACCGGAAACUGCACACGAGAAUGCACCGAGUACGGCCACUCGGACGCCUGCUGGAUGCCCGGCCAGCCCUCGCCCAACCGCAAGACCAAGAACGCCCCCAAGCUCUCCACCUUCGUGCCUUACCAGGAGAGAGAGGGCCAGGAGCCCCUGAGCGGGGGCAGCCCCAAGGUGGUGGAGGAGCGCGGCAAGAUGGCCAACAUUCGCUUCCUGCCGCCCUACAGUGCCUACUCCAGCGGGGGCAGCCACGAGCCCGGCAAAGACUGCCCCCUGGAGGAGAUCCCCCUGAACCAGGCCGCCGAUUUCCCGCCCGCCACCACACCCCCCAGCCAGGCGUCCAAGAGAGAAAUCUACCUGUGAAGGACCCCGCCCCCCCCACCCAUCCCUCCCCUGUGCCUGUUUGCUGUGCUGUCAGAGAGGUGACACCAGCGUACACAUCUCUGUUUUUCUAAACAUGACAGAUAAGGCUUUAGAAUCCAAAAAAAAAAAAAUAAAAAACAGAUUAGUGAAAUUUAAAUUAAUAAAAAACAAAGA